CGCCGUUAAACAACGACGAGGAAGAAGAACUGCAAGACUUUUAGGUUUUAUUCAAAGCCUCCCAUUUUGCCGCGGUCGUAUGGAACGUUGCGUGCUAGUCCGCGUUAUGAUGGGACUCCUUACGGGGAUGCACUCAAAGCGGAAGUUGUUGGUACACCACAGCAAAAAGUGUCCUAGCAAAGCCCAAUGAAUGGAUGUUCGGGUGCACUCACAUCCCCCCUAGUUUGGCAUGAACGUUUAAUGCCAUAAGUCAAUUCUGCCGCGAUUCCCCAUAACAGGUGUCAUGGCAACGAGGAUGAAGCUGAAGCUGAAGACUGUGUUCGUCCUCUACUUCAUGGUCUCCCUGCUGGGCCUCGUCUAUGCACUGAUGCAGCUUGGUGGUCAGCACUGUGACUGCAGAGAACACAUGUCUGUUAUAACUCAGCUGCGGGAGGAACUGCGCCGUCUGCAAGAGCAACUAAAGAAGUCAGGGGCAACAAAACUACCGCCAAAACUGCCAGCCAAGCCCUCCCUGCCCACCAUUUAUGUUAUUACACCAACAUAUGCAAGGCUGGUGCAAAAAGCCGAGCUGACUCGUUUGUCUCAGACCUUCCUCCACGUUCCUAACCUCCACUGGAUCGUGGUGGAGGACUCUCCUCAUAAGACACCGCUGGUGUCCGACCUCCUGUUUAAGAGCGGCCUAACAUACACGCACCUACACAUGCUCACUGCUAAAGACAGGAAACUGCAAGAGGGUGAUCCCAGCUGGCUGAAGCCUCGUGGAGUCGAGCAAAGGAAUGAGGCUCUUCGUUGGCUCAGAGAGGACAGAAGAGUUCAGCCAGGAGGAGACCGCCAGCAGGGAGUGGUUUACUUUGCUGAUGAUGAUAACACAUACAGCGUGCAGAUAUUUGAAGAGAUGAGGAGUACUCAGCGAGUAUCAGUGUGGCCGGUGGGGCUUGUUGGAGGGAUGAAAUUUGAGAGCCCUGUGGUUGAAGGAGGAAAGGUGGUCCGCUUUCAUACCGGCUGGCGCCCCAGUCGCCCCUUCCCCAUGGACAUGGCUGGCUUCUCUGUCUCUCUUAAACUGGUUCUGGCCAAUCCAGAGGCUUGUUUCGAUGGAGAGGCACCAAUGGGCUUCCUGGAGAGCAGCUUCCUUCAAGGACUGGUCACCAUGGAUGAACUGGAACCCAAGGCAGACAACUGCUCUAAAGUGCUGGUGUGGCACACGCGGACGGAGAAACCAAAAAUGAAGCGUGAGGAAGCUUUACAGGCUCAGGGACUGGGUUCAGACCCUGCUGUAGAGGUCUGAGAAACACACACACACACACACACACACACACACACACACACACACACACACACACACAAUGUGAGUAUACGUUGCACAUCUAUCUUGGCCUUGUAAAUACUGUAAACCAGAAAAGUACUUUGAAACUUGUUAGUUGUGUCAGGUAGUAAUGUGUGUUUGUGUACUUACAGCUGUACUGUCAGUAUUGGUUCAUGUCUGUAUCAGAGGUGUUCUUUAGUUUCAGUAAGUCAGUUGUCUAAGGACUCUGGCUGAAGUUUCGUCCUUUACCUGAUGGUGGAGCCGAGCGGCAACUACUCCACUUGUAGGUUACCAUGUUAAAACUGGAAGGAUGAUUAGCACCGCAUACAUGCAUCAUACGGGGGCAUUUACAUGAUCCCUGACUGAAUUUUUCUUUUAUCCCUGGAUUUUACCUCCUGUUUGUGUGUUUACUGGUGGUUGUAUCUGAUUCAUUUUGUUUAAUCAGUGCAGCCACAAACCUCUUGACUGAUUUCUGACUGCAUUUGCAACAGAGCACUUUAUUCACGCAUGGCUUCUGUUCUACUUAAUUGUAUGUCUCAAUAACAUAGACAUUCUGAAUUUCUUUAGCCUCAAAACAACACCAUCAGCCUCAGAGGCAUAAUAAUAAUCUUUAUAUAACCUGCAGGCUACUUGCUUCUGGGGGACAGUAGCAUUAGGAAGCCAAUGUAGUAAAAAUACUUACGACAUGAACAGCAGCUACUAAACACUUCAUGAAUAGCAGACGGACCCUAGUAUCUAGUUGUUGCAUUGUUGUUAUUGUGCUCUCAUACUAACAGGUUACAAACACCAUGGGUACAUCUUAGCAACACUGUUCUCCAACACAUACACAUACACAAACACACACACACACGCUCCACAAGCGCAGAGACACACUGGUUCCACACCCAGUGCACUUUAAAGUGAGACUGUGCAUCCUGCUUUAGUGUCACUGCGCCGGUUCCAAACAGCAUUUGUAUAUUUUUAAUUCAGCUUCAAAGAAAGAAACAAACACUACUGAUGUUCACAUACCUUGUAUAUGCAAUACAUAAAUGCGCAAAAGGCAGAAUGUCCCCGGUUGGAUCGCCGACUCUGGCACCAGGUGUGCUGGAAAUUUAUUCGCUGGGCUCAGUAAGGUUUCAAUCAGCAUUAUUACUUAGGCAGGAAACUCCUCCACUAUACAGUAGAUACAGCAGAGGCUUCAAGUAAGUCAAACUACUCCAGCUGUCCAUUAUCUCCCAUUAACAUCUCAGACAUGAUGAGAAUAAAAACUCAAACAAAUGCCCCUCAGCUACUGAAGUACGAUACUGUAAAGAAAGCUAGUGCCUGCUAAUGUGUAAUUAGUGCCUGUAAGUCACUUCUACUGGUGUGUCAUGUAUUUAUUCUAUAGUUCUUUACAUUGUAUAUGUGUCUGUUCCUGCCUUGACAAUAAACCAGUAAGGUAUAAACCA